CGUCAUGGUGGAUUUAUCAAGUCAACGAAAUAAUAAAACAGCAUGUAGAUUCCCAAUUAACCACAAGUAACUCUCUUUAUAUUUUAUUCACUCAAUUAAAAAAGUAACUUUGCGGCAGCCUCCUAUUUGUUGAUAUUUACAAACCAUGAACGCGACAAAAUCCCAACCCAAAAAGAUCGUUGAAAUAAUCGACAAGCACCGACCCGACCUAUCCGAGUUCCAAGAUAUCUACAAAGAUUUCCACAAGCAACCCGAACUAGGAAGCAAAGAAGGAAGGACAUCGGGUAUCAUCGCCAAGCGCCUCAAGGAAACUGGCUUUGAUGUCCACGAGAAAAUCGGCGGCCAUGGAUUAGCUGCCGUGCUACGUAGGGGUGAUGGCCCAACCGUGCUGCUAAGAGCUGAUAUGGAUGCUUUGGCAGUCGAGGAGGAGACGGAUCUGCCUUAUAAGAGCACCGUAUCUAAGACUAUGCACGCAUGCGGUCAUGAUAUGCAUGUCACUUGCCUUCUCGCGGCUGCGAAAUUGCUCAAUGAUGCGAAGUCAGAAUGGUCAGGCACGCUGAUUUGCGUAUUCCAACCUAACGAAGAAAAUGGAGCAGGUGCUAAGGCAAUGGUGGACGAUGGGCUAUAUAAGAAGAUUCCUAAGCCUGAUGUUGCUUUUGGUCAACACGUUUCUCACUUGAAGACCGGGAUGUUAGCCAUUGGUUCUGGCGUCACUCUUUCCGCAGCAGAUUCAUUCAAGGUCACCAUCCACGGAAGGAGUGGGCAUGGAAGCCAACCGGAGAACUGCAUCGACCCAAUCGUGAUCGCGAGCUCCAUAGUAGUCCGCCUCCAGACCGUAGUAAGCAGGGUCGUUGCGCCUUCUGAAUCUGUGGUCGUUACAUGCGGCAGCUUCCACGGAGGAGUAUCAGAGAAUGCUAUUCCCGACGAAGUUGAGCUGAAGCUGAACAUCAGGACGCAGAGUGAGAAUGUGCGGAAGAGAGUCAUCGAAGCAGUGAAGCGGAUUAUCAUGGCUGAGUGCGAUGCUGGGGGCUGCACUCAACCGCCUGAUAUCGAGCCUACGUCGCGAUUCCCACUUACAAAAAACGACCCAAAGAUCGUUGAUACUCUCCACGAUGCAUUUAAGCCUCUCUUUGGCGAUAUUCCAAAUACAUCCGGGAUGGUUAGUGGCAGUGAGGAUUUCUCGGAUCUUGCUACGCCACACGAUAUCCCAUACGCAUUCUGGUUUUUCGGAGGGACAGAUGAAAAGAAAUGGGAUGAUGCGGUGAAGAAUGACACUGUCAAUCUCCUUCCACAUAACCAUAGCGCCAAGUUUGCACCGGUUAUUGAACCUACCUUGAAGGCGGGAUCGGAUGCAUUGGCUUUAGCAGCCUUGACAUUCUUGAAGACAUAGUAAGAUGUUGAAUGUUUGAUGUACAGAGGGUUGUUUAUGUAUAUUUAUUUGUCGCUUGAUUGGCGCGUGGUUAUCGAUGUUGCUGCCUGUCUGUAUCUUAAGAUCUUUACUUCAACCACUCAAAGCUUUACGUGUGUUACUGCACCUGGGUAGUUCACACAACACACCAUUAUAGAUCGAAAUGAAUUACCCUUGGCUUCCUCGAGUCCUCCAACCUGUCUUCAUCUGGACUCCUCGGACCUCCACGCCUGAAAUUCUAAGAGGCUCGAUAUCAAAGGCAUAUAACACCACCGAAGGACCGGAACGCCAGACAACGUAAUCUACAAAGACGGAAUCAGACGGGCGUACGAAGCUGACAAGAAUGAAGUCGAGCGACGCCACAAACUCAUAUCAGGCUAGUUUGAAACUGCCGUAGCCUCUGUGCUUCUGCCGGUAGGAUGCUGCUGUCGAUAAGUU